GCUUCCAGUGGUGGAGCUCAGCUUAUAAAACGGGCACGACGCCUGCGCAGCCGAAACAUUACAACAAACGUAGCGCGCAAGAAAUCAACAAAAUGAAAGUGUUCGCGCUGUGUUCGAUGUUCGCCCUGCUGCUGGCCGGUGUCCAGUCCCUGCCCCAACGUGAGGGCGCCGCCUACACGAACGAGGCCAUCCGUCAGGCCCAGCAGACUCUGCUCAUCCCCAAGGAUGCUCAGAUCCAGAACGUCCAGGAGGGUAUCGAGCUGGGCGCCUACGAACAGAUUCCCGGCAACCAGCGCAUCAACCUCUUCGAGAUCCUUGGCGACCAGGUGCCCUCUGAGGUGAUAAACAACCUGCAGUCCCAGGUGGACCAGAUCGGUCGCAACUAGAUCGUAGGACUAUCAUCCAGUUAGGUCAUUGCAUUUUGCACUCGUUGUUAAGUUUCUCAUUAAUAAAAAAUCAACAAAAA